AUGGCAAGCUAUAUAACAGAAGAGAGGAAACUAAAAAAAGAUGAAGACGACGAAGCACCACAAGAAGCAUCAUCAUCCUCAACAGAAGCAUCAUCAUCAACAGAAGCAACAGAAUCAUCAUCAUCAACACCCCCACCAGCUAAUUUCCAAAUCUAUGAUGAGUACGAUGAUUUGUCGUCACCCUCCAAACAAUCAUUUACGCCACUAAAUGAAGAAGAUGGUAAUAAUGAUAAUAAGGAUAUAAAAAUUCCUCAAGGAAAUAAUAUAUUAAACAAAACAAAAGUUGAAUAUGUUCACCUUUUAGGAUCUAACGUAGUUUCAGUAAAUUCAAUUUCUAAUAAUAUUUCUAGUUUUAAUUUAACUGAUGAUGACAUCACACAACUUUAUCACCAAAAUAUAAACAUUAACUUAAGCAAUAGCGAUGAGAGUAAUGAAAAUAAUGAUAUUACUCCUGAACAAGUAGAGUUGGGUUAUUAUCUAAAACAGAUAAGGGAAAAAAACGAGGAAGAAAAAUCAGCUGAAGAAGAAGAUGAACCUGUUCAAGACAGGGAUUCUGAACCUGAAGCUAAAAUGAACCCACAUGAAUUAGAACUGUGGAAUUAUCUAUAUAGGCAACGGGUACAAAACCAAUCAAAUAAAAUAUACUCACCCAAUUUAUAAAAAAUUUCCAAAAAAAAAAAAAAAAUUUAAAAACACACCCAAAUAUUUUAUAUUUAAUACUCAAUUUAUUGAAAUGUAUUUGUUAUUCGUUCAACUUAAUGUUAUACUAACAAAAUAUAAACAUUUAUAUAUAUAUAUUGCUUAAGAUUUAUAUAUAUUUUGUUAAUUUUUAUUGUUCAACACCUUUUAAGAUUUAUAUAUAUUUUGUUAAUUUUUAUUGUUCAACACCUUUUAUCAAACUUACUAAUUAAAUAAAUAUUUUGCAUUGUUAAAUCUAAAA